CUCCGAGCGUGAGGCUGACAUAUGCCAUCAUGCGCAUCCCCGAUCUUGAGCGAUAGGUGCGCGCGUGACCAAACCGAGCAUGAGCCGGCUGAGUCCGUGUGUGAUGGCAUGAGCCUGCUGGCCAAUUACAAACAGUAAGGGACAACGACUUCCUGACUCGGCCGGUAGCGCGCCUGCUUACAGCCCCGGCAAACUUCUGACAGCAGUGGGGGUGGUUGCUCAUUUCUUACAGAUUUCGCUCAGCUGUUUGCGAGGAUUUCAUUUGAUGGAGAAUGAGUGUCCCUGACUAUAUGCAGUGUGCUGAGGACCACCAGAGUCUUUUGGUCAUUGUGCAACCUGUGGGAAUUGUACCAGAAGAACAAUUCUUCAAGAUUUACAAAAUAAUAACUUCUGCCAAUCAGAUUAAUCUUCGAGAUUCACAACGAGUUCUAUAUAUUCGUUACAGACACCAUUAUCCUCCUGAAAAUAAUGAAUGGGGAGACUUUCAGACUCAUCGGAAGGUUGUAGGGUUAAUAGCUAUCACACAGUGUUGUAAUGCAAAGGAUUGGCCACAGACAUCAGAGAAAUUUCAUCUGCAGAAAGAAAUUUAUGGUUCUACACUGUAUGAUUCGAGGUUAUUUGUCUUUGGACUACAGGGGGAAAUUGCUGAGCAACCUCGCACUGAUGUUGCAUUUUAUUCUAGUUACGAUGAAUGUGAAACCAUAGAGAAGAAAGUGGAAGACUUUAUUGAAUCAUUAUUCAUUGUUUUGGAAUCCAAACGUCUUGACAGAGCAACGGAUAAAUCAGGAGACAAAAUUCAAUUACUGUGUGUGCCAUUUGAAAAGAAAGAUUUUGUAGGCCUAGAUACAGAUAGCAGACAUUAUAAGAAGCGUUGCCAGGGCAGAAUGCGGAAACAUGUCGGUGACCUUUGUUUGCAAGCAGGCAUGCUGCAAGAUGCUCUUGUGCAUUACCAUAUGGCUGUCGAACUUCUUCGAUCUGUGAAUGACUUUCUCUGGUUGGGAGGUGCACUGGAGGGUUUGUGCUCAGCUUCAGUAAUUUACCAUUAUCCAAGUGGUACUGGGUCAAAACCUUCAAUUCGCAGAGCUAAUAAUAUGUGUUUGCCAUCUGAGGCUGGCAAGCGACAUCGACAUGGGGCACAGGAAGUUCUCAUUGAUCCAGGUACACUUUCUGAAGAGGAGAAGAUUCAGCGAUAUAGUGUCCUUUCUGAGUUAUAUGACCUGAUAGGUUUUCAUCGUAAAGCUGCCUUCUUCAAGCGUGUAGCGGCAAUGCAAUGUGUGACACCAUCAAUAGCUGACCCUGGGUGGAGAGCUUGUUACAAACUGCUGUUAGAGACAUUACCUGGAUAUAGCCUGUCACUGGAUCCCCAAGACUUCAGCAAAGGAACUCACAAAGGCUGGCCAGCGCUACAAAUGCGAUUACUCCACGAACUUGUUUAUGCUUCAAGACGAAUGGGAAAUCCUGCACUUGCAGUUCGCCAUCUGUCCUUCUUGCUUCAAACCAUGCUUGAUUUCCUCUCUGAUCAAGAGAAAAAGGAAGUUUCUCAGAGUUUGGAGAACUACACCACAAAAUGCCCUGGUACUAUGGAAAAUGUCACGCUACCUGAUGGUGUGAAAUUACCCCCAGUUCCUCUUACAAAACUUCCGAUUGUCAGGUCUGUAAAGCUCUUGAAUCUUCCACUUAACCUCCGCCCACAAAAAAUAAAAAACACUCUCAGUCAGAACACGUCCUCCAAGAGCCCUUUCAUUUACUCACCAAUUAUUGCACAUCACCGUGGUGAAGAAAGAAGUAAAAAAAUAGAUUUCCUGUGGGUGCAGGGAGACGUGUGUGAAGUUCAGUUGAUGGUCUAUAACCCCAUGCCUUUUGAACUGAGAGUCGAAAAUGUGGGACUCUUGGUUACAGGUGUUGAAUUUGAAUCCCUCCCAGCUGCACUCUCUCUCCCUGCUGAAUCGGGCUUAUACCCAGUCACACUAGUUGGUGUUCCACGUACGUCAGGACAGAUCAAUGUAAAUGGUUACCAAACUUCUGUUUUUGGUGUGUCCAGCGAGUGUGUGUUAGACAAUUUGCCUGGAGUGAAAACUAAUGGCUGCACUGUCGAAGUUGUUCCAGCUUUACCACGACUACAAAUUACUACAUCUCUGCCACGGUCUGCACACAUUCUGCUGCCAUCCUCAGGUGAUGAAGUAUCCAAUAGUGUAUCUAUUCAGUUGUUUAAUGGGGAAUUGCAACAGCUGACCAUCAAACUGGAGAAUAUUGGUUCAGAGCUUCUCGAAACAUUAGAGGUCUCUGCUAAGACCGUAAAUAAUAAAGAAAAACUGUAUGGGGACUUCCUGAGCUGGAACUUAGAAGAAUUGCAAGCACAAUUUCCACUUGAAUCUGGGAAGAUAGCUAUUUUUACAGUGAAUAUUCAAGUGAAAUUAGACUUCUCCUGUCAAGAAAAUCUACUCCAGGACCUGAAUGAUGAUGGAAUCAGUGUUGCAGGGUUACCCUUGUCGAGUCCUUUUCGACAGAAUGGCAAACCACGCUCAGAUAGCAAGUCUACUAUUUUGAAUUCAGCUGACACCAACAGUAAGAGUGAAUACAAUCAUAUAAAGGUAUGAUCAUGCAUCUGAAGUGUUGUGUACGAUGGAUCUUUUGGAAGUACCGAGGAUCGGAAGAACCUGAGUGUGUAUAUCCACAAGUCCCUCAAGCCAUCCUUAUAUGCCUUUUUCACAAAGGUGACUGGGUUGGAGGGGAGCUCCACCAGACAGUGCCACCUUCUCUUAGAUGUCUUCAAUUCAACAGAACAUGAACUAACUAUAAGUGCAAAAAGCAAUGAGGAUUUGAUCUUGCAUGCUGGAGAGUGCCAGAGGAUGGCCAUACAGGUUGACAAGUUCAACUUUGAAACACUUCCAACAUCAAGCAAAAUGCUAUGUACAGAAAACCUAAAGCAGAUGGAAGAGGAAAGACGUCAUGCUCAGGCUGCUGAGAUCAACAACAAAUUAAACAUCUGCUGGAAGAUCCCAUCUCUUAAUCGUGAAGGAGAAGCAAGUGUCGAAGGAGUUCUCAAUCAAUUGGUGCAGGAACAUUUACAGCUAGCUCCUCUGCAGUGGGAUGUUUUUGUAGCUGGGAAGCCCUGUGAUUGUGAUGUAGUGGUAGAGUGUCAGGCCGGUGACCCAACACCCCUGGAAGUGAAGCUGACCAAUCAGAGCAAGGGCACAGUCGGUCCUUUUGCCCUCACUGUCAUUCCAUACCAGGACUAUCAAAACGGCGUCCAUAACAAUGAUCUUGGGAAUGCUGUUACUUCAAUUGGAUCGAAUACAUUCUACAUAGAUGCGGUGAAAUCCACUGAAGAUUGUGUUUGCAGUGGAGCUCUCCUAUUCCUGUAUGCUGGAGAUUACUACUUGAAUAUAAAAUUUCACGAUGACAACUCAAAUAGGGAACUACCCCUUUCUUGGUUCUGCUUGCCAAGUGUUCAUGUGCGUGCCAUGGACCCAAUUCAACACGCAAAAUUUUAAAUUUAUAUGAAAGAAAAUAUUGUAAGAUUUAGUGAGUUAGAUCAUUGUAAAUAUUGACUAACCAGUCAUAUCUGCCAACAAGAUCUCACUGAAUAUUCUGGUUUAAGAUUACACUGGCAUUUGUCCAAAAAAAAAGCUUCUAGAUUUUUCUGUAAAGCUUGCUUAGCCAAAUUUUUACAUAUCCAAGGGAUUGAUAACUACUGUCAGUAAAAUUAAUCGUUAGUAAUAAACCUGUAUUAUAGAGGAGCCAGGGUGUACCUUUGAAUGAAAUAAAAGACACUUGGUCAUAGGUUGGUACACUAUCUGUUCUCUAAUCAGAACCUUGUUAAAAUUAUAAAGACAAAUUUACAUUUCUUGGCAUGGUUAGGUAAGAAACUGGUGCACAAUGAAAUUUAGUUGUUAAAAUUGUUUCAUAGAUUUUUGGCUGUUAAGAAUAAUGGGAAUAGAAGGAAGGUUGACAAAUAAUAUCAGUGUUGUAAUUAUGAAGGCAUGUAUUCUUUACAAGUCUGAUAUGACAAUGCUGUAAAGCUCAGUCUUAAUGCUCAGUUAAUUCCUCAUCUUUCCCAGUUUGUGCACUGUUCAAAUGUAUGGGCACAAUGUCUUGAUGGUCUGUUAUAUCUGUAUGGUACCUACAGUUGUUUUUGAAAGUAAGGCAACAUGUCCUGUUCACACUGCAAUGAAUUAGCUGCUGCCCUUCAGAGGUAUUAGUUAACUUUUCUUUUUCCCCCCCUAAGAUGUUAGUAAAACCAUUUUUAAUCUUACCAAUAAACAAUUUAAAAGAAAACAACUGGAAAGCCAGUUACAAACUCAGGGUUUUUUUACAUUUCAAAAUUGUUGUGAUUUAUGAAUAAUCAAUUUCAUGAUCACUUUACAGUUGAAUAUCUGCAAUUAUUAUAACAUAAUUAGAGUUGUAAAGAUUAGUGGGAUUAUGCCACAGUUUCAGUUGCAGUGUGAACAAGGCAAUGUCUUUCUUGUUCAUACAAAAUUCGGGAACUACUGUAACUGGCAUCUCUGUACACAAACCUAACGGCUAUUGUAAAGAUACGUUUCUCUUCCUGUACCUGCAAAACAUUGUAACUUUGGAAAUAAAUUUGGCUUGCAUGUUCAUCUGUAA